GGCGGCAGCUCUACAAUUGGGUUUGCAUAAUAAGACGCUUGUGUGUUUCAUUUUGUCUCUGUUGCAAGUCCUCUUUCUCCGCUGAAGCAAGCAGUAUCAUAGCAUUACCUAUUCUUGUUGUGAUUAAUUUGGGGUACGCAUCUUUAUCACAACCUUCACACUCACAGCGUUUAUUCUACCAAAUGAAUACAGCUUAUGGCAGGAAUAGGACAGCGUUUCACUUCUGCUGACCACUCUGUUCCCUGGAACACACAGACUCAAUAUAAUAUGGGGAGGGCUAUGGUACAUGAUUACAAUAAACCCGUCACCACUUACGGCAGCAAUUUUACUAAAAGGUCUCUGUUUGGUUCUGGUAAUCCGGUGAAUUCUGGCGCACCCAGUUUUAGUGAUAUUGCAACUCUUCCAACGAGUGGUUAUAAUUCUCGACCUGGGUCUUCCCAGCGUAAUGGUGAGCUUAUCAGUUCGAUACCAAAUGCAUUCUCUGGAAGAACGACAUAUCCUACUGCACUAGAUUCUAGUCUAGAAAAUGGUCCUUCAUAUUUUAAUGCAUUAAAUUACAACAAUAGUCAAACCGGUCCUCCAAGAAAUUUCUCCGAACCUUCUCUUUUCCCUUCUUUAUCUACUAUCAAUCGGACAGCUGGAAAUGAAUUAACAAACAGAGUUGGACCUGGAAGUAUCACUCCGUCAGUUCCUAUGAAUAGUGCUAUGGUCCUGGCAUCUUCUCGUAACCCUGGAAACCUUUAUUCAAACUCAGUUGGAAAUGAGAAUACUUCAAAUUCCACAAAUCUUUCUUUAUCUUCGUCUUCACGUGGCGUUACUUUAGAUCCUUCAGAAUUCCCUCCAAUUUUAACAUCAACUGGACGGAGUGGGAAUACUUCAGUACCUUUUCAUUCCUCUGCGAACCAACCUCCCUUACGGAACUAUGUUUCCAUUAUGUCAAAGGUGUCUUCAACCAUAGACCAAAGUUUAAAUCAACUGAGUCAGCAAUUUAGUCAUUCUUCAAUUAGCCAGGCAGCUCCUUUGGAAUUUUCAAAGCAGGAUUUCCCAGCUUUACCUGGUUCACAUCAGCCUACCACUAGCACUACUACGACAGUGUCGACGAGUGCCUUAACGGUUAACUCAACAUCUGCUCAUCGUUCUUUAUCAGCUAGCUCCGUAACGCAAACACCUGCCUCCACGAAUUCUCGGAGAUUAUUUAGUCAUACAUCCAGUAACGUUUUAGGACCGUCAUCAGUCCGUAAUCAACCGGGAUAUUCAAAUGUUCCGUCUAAACCUGUCGGCUCCUCAAAUGGUAUACAGUUACUUCCCAAUCAUUUAGUCACAAAUAUUCCUAAAAAUAUGAUUUGUGAUCAGUUCGGAAUGUUGGGUUUAUUGAAACUUAUUCGCGUUGGCGAUUAUGAUGCAACGUUAAAUAUGCUGGCUCCUGGUUUAGAUUUAUCCUCAUUACAUAGUAAUUGGCAGACACCUGGUGAACUUCACACCACCUUUGUUUCACCUUUUCACGAUUCUUGUUUUGGACGACCACAAGAUAUGGAUUAUCCUGUUCCACCGGAAUAUCUUAUACGACAUCUAGUUACAGAUCGUUUACCUGAUCCACCAAUGAAUCAAUUAUCAGAAGAGACAUUGUUCUGGUUAUUUUAUAAUUGUUGCCGUGAAGAAACUCAGUUAGUUGUAGCGAAAGAACUCUAUCAACGUGAAUGGCGGUUUCACAAGAAAGAACAAAUAUGGCUUACUCGUAUAGUUGGUGCAAAUUUCACAUCAGAUAAUAAUUCUGAACAAGGUGAUUAUUAUUUUUGGGAUCCUCUUAAAGCACAAAAAUCUACACAUCAAAUGAAUAUUUUAUAUUCAGAUUUGGAUAAUGCACCAGCAGCAUUUCGUCUUAGUUCAGGCACAUUAAGCGCCUUUGUUAGUAUUGGUUUACCCGGUGGUUCUCAUGGUAGUGUUCCACCCCCACCUCCUCCUCCUCCUCCUCCACCACCACCAUUACCACCAACGCAACAACAACAACAACAACAACAAUUAGUCAAUUAUCAUCAACAUCAAUCACGUCAAUCACAACAAGGACAACAAACAUUUUCGCAUACACAACAUCAUCAAUCGCUUAUGAAUAAUCAUAAUCCUAAUCCUAAUAAUAAUAAUAAUACAUCCGGACCAUUUAUUCCAUUUACUGCCAAUGCAUCAUUGACUACUGGACCAUCGAUCAAUAAUAAUAAUAAUAAUUCCUCCAAUGCAGCGGCGGCGGCGGCAACACUAGCUAGUUUGUUUAACACUCGUCAACAACAACAACAACAACAGCCACCGCUUAAGCAACAGCAACAACCACAACAAUUAAAUUCAAAUCCAAAUUAUUUCUCAUCUCAUAAUCGAACUACUACUGGUCCUGUGAUUGCAUUAUUCACUAAUCGAUCUUCUGCUUCAGUAUCAUCAAUUCCUGUGACUAAUAAUAAUAAUACAGUGGUGAUUGCUUCUACCGAAACUACUACAUCGACUACCACUAAUUCGAACUUUAUUAAUCGUUUGCCUAAUCCAUCCGUUGUUGUUAAUGAUAAUAAUAAUAAUGUCAACCAAGUAGUUUUUGAUAAUUCACAAAUUUAGAGAUCUGCUUUAUUUAAUGAUUGUGAUUCUUCUAUAAAUAAAUAACUAGUGUGUGUGUGUGUGUGUAUUGUUUGACACGCCUAAAUGCAAUCUUUCUUCUAUCAAGUUCAUGUGUUCAUCAAAAAAUUUUUUAAUUUAAGAACAUCUUAGUUCAAUGUUAAUUGUGUGUGUGUGUGUGUG